AUGGAGCCAGCGAAUGAGGAGACUGGUCUGGUGCCUCGGCCAUCCUCCUCCCGAUCUUCUGCCUCGAACCCUCGCCGUCCCGAAUCCCCGACAGCUGCCGCAUCGUCCUCGGAUGGAGUCAAUGGGCCCCAGGCCCGCAGCAAUCCGCCUCACGCCUCGCCUAAAGAUCGCCCCGUCUCCGGCAUAGUUCCGCCAUACUGGACUCACAGUCGGAAUGCGUCUCGUGCAUCCCAAGCCUCGCUCGAUCGGUUCCCAGCCAUCACGCUAGAAGAUCAUACGGAGGAUCCCAACUCGGAGACGAGCCGCGGCCUAUGGGCUCGAAGCGUAUCGGUUAACGAUCAUGUCGUGGUACAAGGCAAAACUGGCAUUGGGUCCUAUGUGGUCUGGAAUUGCACAAUCCAAACCCUGGAGAUUGUUAACUUGCAUUGGCAGGGUGGCCCCAUCACUAUUCGUAUGAGAUACUCCGAAUUCGACGAUCUACGAAAUCAACUCGUCGCCUCCUUUCCACACGCAAAGAACGCCCUCCCAGCUCUCCCCCCAAAGAGCGUCCUCUGUGCGUCCCGAUCUACAUGCAUGUCCCAACCACAAACACAAAACACCUCUAACCUACCUCUCCAGACAAAUUUCGUCCCUCGUUCCUCGAAUCCAGACGAGUUGGUUUAG